CCGUGUACGCAUGCGCAAACAAGAACUCUCUCGGUGACCGUGACAAUACAGCACAACUGUGUGAUCGUGGUUUUUAUUUCACAUUAUUGUGACUUAAACAUAUGUUUUUUUUAAAGAUUCGUGUUCCCGAGACUACAAUUGUAUGAGAAUAAAUGCAUAAAUUGCGUCACCUCUGUUUAGCCACGGUGGCUAAAGUUUCCACAAGAUUGAAGUGCACAGAAGGAAGACCCUGUGCGCCACUUGGUUCACGGAUUCUUACCAACCCCGAUGACAUCUUUAAGCACAAUAUGUGGGAUCAUGUGCAGUGGACAGAGGAGGAGGUGAAAAAUGCACAGCUGAAAGCUAAGGAAAAUUCCAGUGUGCAAAUUCCUUCAUGGGAACAAGGAACAUUUGACACGGAGGCUUGUCACUACUGGGAUACAUUUUAUGUGCUGCAUCAGCAUAAAUUCUUUAAAAAUCGCAAAUGGCUGCUUUUGGAAUUCCCAGAACUGCUUCCAACUGAUUUAAAAAGCCAAACCGGAAACUGCCAUGACAGCUCCACACCUAACCUCCCUCAAGAUGCAGCACUGGCAACAAACCAAGCAGCAGUGCACCUUUCCUACCCAGGACAACAUGCGCCUUUUAGGCUAUUGGAGGUUGGCUGCGGGGUUGGCAACAGUGUAUUUCCCGUCAUUCGUAACAUCAAAGAAAAAGGUGCAUUUUUGUACUGUUGUGACUUCUCGCCGUGUGCUAUUCAACUGCUGAAGGGCCAUCCGGACUAUGACGAUUCUGUGUGCCACGCGUUUGUACAUGAUAUUUGCGAGGAGGAGGCUUCUCUUCCCUUUCCUCCACAGAGCCUGGAUGUCAUUUUAGCAGUUUUUGUCCUCUCCUCUGUUCAUCCAGAGAGGAUGCAAGGAGUCGUAAACAGACUAUCCUCCUACUUAAAAUGUGGAGGGUAUUUUCUCUUCCGGGAUUAUGGGAGAUUUGACCUGACACAGCUCAGGUUUAAGAAAGGUCAGUGCCUGUCAGAGAAUUUCUACACACGAGGCGAUGGAACCUGUGUUUACUUUUUCACCAAAGAAGAAAUUCACGAUUUAUUUACCAAAGCCGGACUGGAGGAAGUCCAGAAUGUGGAAGAUCGACGACUUCAAGUUAACAGAGGGAAGAAAGUGUCAAUGCACCGAGUAUGGAUGCAGAGCAAGUUUAGGAAACCAUAUCCACUUUCACCUUGUUAAGACCCCUCUUUCCCUUUUUUUUCUAUUUUUAUAUCUACUUAUUGUCCAAAACAGCAUAUGUACAUUAAAUACAUAGCACACGCAGCUAUGUGGUGAUUAUUUCAUGAGUGCAAUAAAAAGUGCAUUUUAUUGUACAGUCACGGAUAAUGUAGUAAACAAAACUACACUAUACUGCCAAAAGUAUUUGUCCACCCAUCCAAAUGAUGAGAAUCAGGUAUAAAAUCAAACACUUAGGCAUGGAGACUGUUUCUACAAACAUUUGUGAAAGAAUGGGCCGCUCUCAGUAAUUUCCAGCGUGGAACUGUCAUAGGAUGCCACCUGUGCAACAAAUCCAGUCGUGAAGUUUCCUCGCUCCUAAAUAUUCCAAAGUCAAAUUUAUUAUAAGAAAAGUGAAGAGUUUGGGAACAACAGCAACUCAGCCAAGUGGUAGGCCACGUAAAGCAAUCGUGUACCAUCAUGACUGGAUGAAAGUCAUGUCCAGUAAUAAAUCACGAAUAUGCAAUGGGCAGAGUGAUGAUGCUGGAACUUUUGUUUGGUACAGUUCCAAUGAGAUUUAUGAAGACGACUGCCUGAAAAAAACAUGCAAAUUUCCAGUCAUUCAUGAUA